UUUCUCUUCAAACAAAUGCUAUUUUUUCCAACUACUCUAUAUUAAAGAAUUCGGUCAGCGGCAAUCGAACAUCCACAUCACCACACCAACAAUGGCGUUGCGAGCUUUUACGAGAGCUUCGCGCUCUAAGCUUUUGCCUCUUCUAUCUUCCGUUUCUCGUCUGCAUUCCCACGCCACUAGUUUCGGUUUUAAGGAAGUGCGUGAAGAGGAGAAAAGUCAGAUGGUUGGAAAUGUCUUUUCAAAUGUUGCUUCAAGUUAUGAUUUGAUGAAUGACUUAAUGAGUGGUGGUCUGCACAGAUUAUGGAAAGAUAGAUUGGUAGAAGAACUGAAUCCAUUCCCUGGAAUGAAGCAUCUGGAUGUGGCUGGUGGAACAGGUGAUGUUGCUUUCAGGGUUUUGGAUUCAAUUAAGCACAAAGCAUUGCUAAAUGCAUCUAAAGAUUAUCUACUGGAAGAAACUAAAAUCUAUGUUUGUGACAUCAACCCAAAGAUGUUAGAUGUUGGUAAAAAGAGGGCUUUGGAAAGAGGUCUUGGAGGAGAUACGUCUUUAAUAUGGGUGGAGGGUGACGCUGAAUCUUUGAAGUUUGAAGAUAAUUCAAUGGAUGGCUACACUAUUGCAUUUGGGAUCAGGAAUGUUACGCACAUAGAAAAAGCUCUUGCAGAAGCCUACAGGGUACUCAGACGUGGAGGGCGGUUUCUUUGUCUUGAAUUAAGCCAUGUCGAAACUCCUAUUUUCAAGCAUUUAUAUGAUUACUAUUCAUUUUCUAUCAUUCCUGCCGUGGGAGAGUUGGUUGCAGGAGAUAGAGAGUCUUACCAAUAUUUGGUUGAAAGUAUCCGUCGCUUCCCUUCACAGGACAAGUUUGCAUCAAUGAUAGCAGAAGCAGGAUUUCAGAAAGUAGAAUAUGAAAAUCUUAUUGGAGGAGUGGUUGCCGUCCAUUCAGGGAUGAAAAUUUAGUGAUACGUUGCAUGGUAACCACACAGUUAGAGCUUAGAGGUAACUUGAUGUCAUCUGCUGAGAAUCCAAAAACUCAAAAUUGCAGCAAAUGCUAUAGCUAUUAUUUGAAGGCUAUAACCAUACUUGAAGCUUCACUCAAACAUGUUAGGUUGAAAUAGAAUCAAGAUAAGAGAAAUAUUACAAGAGAGCUCUGUAGAGAAUCAAGAUCAAAAUCGAUCAGCUUAAUGUUGCAGUUGCUCUACUUUAGUCGUUUUUAUUAAUCUUUGUAUUGUAUUUUUCAUAUAUGCUCUGAAAAUAAAUUCAACCACAGUAAUUGGUUGCUAUGUUGCUCAAUUUCAUAGUUAAUAAGUCCUGUGUAAUAUUUUACUAAUACCUAGCAAAUCAUUACUCACUCUACUACUUUGUGCCGUGUACUUGUAAUACUAGACUACUAGUCCCAUUAUGAUUUCUUUUCUUUUCAUAAAAGGCGGUUUGUUCAUGUCCAUUAUAUGCAAAUAAAUGGAUGAUUUAUUUUAA